AUAAAUAUGCUACACUCAGUUUCAGUUGCCUUUUGUCUCGUCUUUUAAAGUACAUAUUUUCCACAUUAAGGAUCUCUUUUGUGCAAAACUGCAGGCUCAUGGAAACUCAUUUGUGAAGAAAAUGUUCUCGCUUUUUGGCGCAUCACAUUCUUCAGAGAAUCAAGAUAAGUCGAACAACUCAAAUCAGGGAGGAGCAACUCAAAGAGCUGCUGCUUUGGCUGCAUUGAACUCUGCCUUUAAUCCAUCCAGUGCAACCAAAGCUGCAGCUUCCAGGCCAUCCAGUACAAGCCGAGGAUCACAGAGAGCAGCUGCUGUAGCUGCUCUUUCAAAUGUUCUAACUGCUGAACAGAAGAAGCGGUCGCCUGAUUCAUCUCCUGCUCGAGGUACUAGAAGCCCACCCAGAGACACAAGCUCUGCUGGGGUGAAAAGUGAAAAUGCUAACUCUGAGGUGGACGACUCUCAAGAAUCUCCAGUGAAGGAAAGAGAAGAGGGAAUAUUAUCCAUAUCUGACAGCAAUGGAGAGGAGUCAGAGUUGAAGCAAGAGAUCCAGCAGGAGAUGGAGCAGGAUGAGGCUCAGCAGGAUGAGAAUGGUAGUAAGACGUACAGUUAUGAUCAAUUGAAUACGAAAUCGACCAAGACACCUAAAGGAAUUGAUUUGAAGAAGAGAGAGUCCUAUCUGUCUGACGAGGAGUUCCAGACUGUAUUGGGGAUGACAAAAGAGGCAUUCUACUGCCUGCCAAAGUGGAAGCAGGACAUGCAGAAGAAGAGAGUGUCUCUCUUCUGAGUCCUUCCCAAGGAGUGACUGCACUAGAUUUUUUUGGUGGUUUCUCUGCAUCUUCCUUUUGCUCAUUCGUCGUUGCCUUGUUAUUGGUGCCCAUCUCUGCCCUAGGAAUGUGAUUAUAUUAGUACAGUGUUUGUGGGUUGUUAUAUGUCUAGAAGUCCUGUUUGCCUGCUCAUGAAGAAUGGCUACUGAUGAUAUUGUAUCUGCUCUUUCAGUGCCUGCCUUGGUAAUGUCUUCUUUUUUUUUUUUUUUUUUUUUUUUUCUCUUUUUUUUUUGUCAUGAAUUGCUGCUGAUAUCCCUGUGAUGAGCAGGUAAUGUAGUAUUAGGACAUCAGCUAGCAGGAAAUAUUCUUUCAUUUGUACAUGAGAGUGUUACAAGUUGAUACCCUUUGAUUUCAUCUUUGUAGUUUGUGAUAAAUGAGGAGUUGUUUGGAACUCCUUGUGUA